GUAGGGUAUCAUGACACUGAGAUGAGUAGGUCAAGUCGCGAAGCACUACCGUUGCGCUCUGAGUGUUUCAAUGGCAGUGAUCUGCACCCCGAGUCGCCAUGCCUCAAAGACUUAUAACCACAUCACCUUGCAUCCCUUCUUCGUUUCCCCACGCAGGUCGUGCCAAACGGAUCGCGCUGGACGCUUCCCACUCCACAUAAUCACAAUAACGCACAGAGGCACAGAUAUAUUCAUCGCCUUCUCCCAACUAUGGUCGCCAGGCUGCGUACCGCCAUUCACUUCGCCGCCAUCCUCUUUUCUCUACAAGCUGCUGCUCUCCCAGCCUUUCACAUAUAUCUACGGGACGAUGACCCUUCCUCGACUCUUCCUGAUCCAGACCAGAACCAAGACAUCGAGAGCGUCAGGGACUACAUGGGGAAGGCCCUCCAAGCCUACCUCGCGACCCAGAACACGCAGAAGAACGCGACGUUCAUCGCAGAGACAGCGUGGCGCGCGAUUGUCAUCGACACAAAGGGUAUCGAGGAUAGCGCGGAUUCGGCAGGAACUGAUGUUAUGACUGGAGGCGACUCAGCUGGAGACGAUGUUAUGACAGGCAAUACGAAGAGGGACAUUGAUGAGGAUGGAAGCUACGGCCAAGAAGAAUGGUGGAAAAGGUAUUCUGAUGACGAUGACGAGCUCAUGGGCAGUGCCUUGGUCGGCCGACAAGAAGAUACAGAGCUCGGAGACACUGGUUCUGAGGACACCGGUUCUGGUGAUACAGAAUCUUUAGACUCGAGCUCCGGAGACUCAAGUUCUGGUUCCGGAGAAUCGAACUCUAGCUCUGAAAGUUCCGAAGACACUGCAAUCGCUCUCGCCAAUAACGACGUAUACCAUCUCUUCGAUAAAAUAUCAUGGUCGAAGGACGAUCACAUUAACUUCUUCAGUGAUGAAUACAUCCAGUUCACCAAAGAAAUCGGCCAUAUCUAUUCGGGGAAGAAAGCUACUGAAGCCGAGUCGAAGGAGCUCAAGACAUUGGCCGACUUGCAGAGCACGUUGUGCACCGUACAGCUCUCCGACGUCACCGACAAAGCAUACUACUACUACGAACGCAUGAAAAAAUACACCGACGAGGACGCUGGCAGUCAGUCCAGCCAGGAUUUCCAGACGUGGGUGUCGACGGGUUAUGCCAAUUACAAGAUGACAUACGACCAAUGUCAACUGGCACUCAACAAGUACAACAAUCUCGCCGACAAAAUCUUUGGAAAUUUCCGCGGUCCGAUCAACGCUGCCUUGCGUAACAUCGAGCCCUUGGAUUCAGGACAGGUCGAAGUCAGCGGUGUGAAUAUGAUGCUCGGAUCUGGGACCGGAUCGCUAACGGGUCAGGGGAUGUCGGUACCGUACUAUGCCCUUCCUGGAGCUAAGGGCACGGUGGCAGCAUGGAGGAAACAGGCACAAACCGAGGGCGAAGAGGAGUCAGGUGGAACUUUGAGAAAGAGGAAGACCGAAACUGGGGGCGGGAAAACAGAUUCGGAUAAUGGAAAGACGGGUGCAGGCGAUGAUAAGUCAGGUACGGGUAAUGAUACGACAGCAGGUGCGGGCGAUGGGAACACGGAUACUGGAGGGGCUGCAGGAGGGGCCCUGGGUGGAGUUUCCGGAGGAGGUUCAGGUGGCGAUACCGGAGGAACCUCAGGAGGUGAUACCGGAGGCGACACCGGAGAAGGCACGGGUGACGAGUCUGCGGGCGAAAGCACAGAAGAUUCGGGAGGUGAUGGAGGUGACGCAUCGAGCGGAGGUUCGACAGACAGCAGCAACGGAAAGGCUACAUUCAAAGUUCCACCGGGGUACUUCUCCUAUAUCAGCUCCUCAAAGUCUGGGAGCGUUGAAGGGGAAACCGACAACGGCGGCGGCGGGGUCAGCUUUGGAUUCAAGGAUUAUGCGUCCAUCGGAGUGGGCGCUGACAGCAGCAAGACCAGCACAUCGACCGAGCUGAAGAUGAAGAGUUUCAGCAUCGCAUGGAAAGCUGCGCUUCUCCCAGUCCAGCGGGGGAUUUGGUUCGAUGGUUACCGGGUCGCGAGUCUGAUGUCCAACCUCGGGCAAACCGGCAGUGGUGACGACGACAACGACAAGGAGCUCGAUGCAGAGGCCACAAAGUCAUUCGACAAGUGGUUCGGCACCGAAGACAGCCCUGGUCCCGCCGCCGAGUACAACGACAUUGCGCUCAUUAUCUAUCGUCCGAUCUUCACAAUGGAGUUCUCCGACACAAAGACGUAUCAGGAGUUCAAGGAGACGAAGGCUUCCGCUGGAGUGUGCUUCUUCUUCAUUUGUGUCGGAGGAAAUGGGGGAAGUAGUAGCAACAAGACAACGUUCAGCGAGACGUCGAGCUCGGUAACGUAUGAAGACUUGUCAGAUAAUGUUUACUACGCGGGAAGUUUGAAAGGCUCUUUCUGGACACAGUCAGGCGACAGUAACUCAGAAGAGACGCAGGUGGAAAGACGGCUGCUGGACUGGAGGUACGCUACCCCUGCCUCAUGGUAGGCGACCAGGACUAACUUGAAUUCCCAGGCCGUACUGAUCUGCUGAUGCAGAGGACAAGGACGCGUGUGUUUACUAUAG